AUGUCGUUCGCCAUCCUCGUCGGCCAAUGCGCGGCCAUGUUCUUCGCGUCCAUCCUGGUGGGCUCGCUGCCGCUCCUCUUUAAAGCCGGCAUCGGGUCCCGCGGGCUCAGCGGCGUGUCCGUCCUCGGAAUGGGCAUCCUCAUCGGCGCGGCGUUGACGAUUAUCAUCCCAGAGGGAGUGGAGACACUCUACGCUAGCUCCAAGCACUCGGAGACUCACACGAUUGGCAUGAGCCUCCUCGCGGGCUUUGCCUUGAUGUUCCUCGUCGAGAACAUCACGCCGCACCCGCCGCACGACCACGAGGACUGCGAGGAGGAGCGCGCAGAGUACAGGGCCGCGAUCGCCGAGGACCGCGUGCCGAUGCUUCCCAAGCCCGAUGCGGAGCACGACCACAAGUGUGCGAGCCAUGCCGCUGCGCACGGGCUGAGUGCCACUCUCGGCCUGGUGAUCCACGGCGCGGCGGACGGCAUCGCGAUCGGCGCGAGCAGCUUGUCUGGCAGCGCGCAGCUUGGCCUGGUCGUCUUCCUCGCGGUUUUAGUGCACAAGGGCCCUGCCGCCCUCGGUCUCACUACCACCCUGCUCAACCUCCACCUCUCGCCGGCGCAGGUGCGCCGCCGCCUGGUCAUCUUCUCGCUGUCUGCCCCGCUCGGCGCGCUGCUCACGUACGCGUUCGUCCUGCUGUUCGGUAAGGGCAGCUCGACGAACGGGCACGACAGGCUCGGCUGGUGGACUGGCGUCGUGCUUCUCUUCUCCGGCGGAUCAUUCCUCUACGUCGCCACUGUCAUCCAGCCCAUCUCGCAGACUGGCCCAGACGACCACUGCCACGACAUCCACCACGAGGUCCACAAGCGCGAGGAGCCCCCACCCCUCCCGUACGGUAUGCGUACCGGUCUCAUCCUCGGCGGCAUGCUCCUUCCCCUGCUGCUCUCUCUGCUCGUCGGCAGCCACGACCACGGCGCAUAG